AUGGUUUCCGGAUCUGAGCAAGCUACUGCCUCAGCGCAAAAUCUUGAAGCACCAGUUCGCGACAUCUUGCGUGAAACAGUUCGUCUGCGGCGGGUCAUUAUUCGCGGCGUCGAACGAACUCGCAUCGACUUUGUCCAGAGCCUCCUAGAUGCAUCUUUGUCGGAGGAGCAGAACCGAGACUCGUUGCCUCCUGAGUCUAGCCGCCGCUCGUUGACACUCGAGGAGCUCCUCGAACGAGCGUCACUCGCAACCGAGCGACUCCGUCUGACCGAGUGUUUCCGUGCAGUGGACAUUCUCAUCGAUGAAUCGGCGGUCCCUGCGAACGGUGAGCCAACUGCAGAGUCUGUGCCCUGCGAUGCACUCGUUACUGUGCGUGAGGCGCCACCUUUUUCACUCCGUAUUGGGACCUCUACCGAUACGCGCACCGGCGAGACCGCUCUCGAGCUUGAUGGAGGCUUCAUAAACUUUACUGGGACGGGAGAUGCUUUGCAUUGCCAACUUGGUGCGGGCGUCGGCGGGUCCGGAUUCGCGCUCUCGAGUUUGAGUAGCCUCGCUGCACUGGUGCACCCGAACCGCUACCUAUUUGCAAAACAAACAGCCACGAAUCAUCUUGUUUGCGGUUGGCGAAAACCACAUCCCUGGGGGUUACUGGACGCAUUGGCGACGGCAAGUGCCGAGAGCGCCCUGCUGAAUCGCAUGGACACAAGUUCGUAUAGUGAGUUUCAGCGCAGCUUUGAAGCCGGCCUCCAGACGCGGUUCGGACGUUUCGCUUAUGAGUGCAGCUGGCGCGAGCUGGGGCAAGUCGCACCGCACGCAAGCAUCAGGGUUCGUGAACAAGCUGGGCACUCAGUGAAGAGCUCAUUCAAAUACACCUGGACCCGGGAUGGUCGCGACGAUCCGCUGGCGCCUCGUCAGGGUACGAAUGCUCAGUGGAACUGUGAACUAGCGGGACUCGGUGGCGAUCCCGCAACGAGAUUUAUUCGAAGCGAGCUCUCGUGGCAGUGGAAUGUGCCACUGACGGGAGCCGACGGCAGCGAACUCGUGCGCAAUGUGGACGAUUCACUUGCAGCUGGUGACGCUGCCCCGUCACCACCCGAGCGUCUGAUGCCUCCUAUCGUGUUCUCAGUUGGCUUCCAGGGGGGAAUGAUCAUUCCCUUCCACCAAGCGCUCGCUGCGAUGAAAGACCGGAAAAGCGAGCACCGUGCCGGCCCCCGGCAUGCGUUGCGUCAGACGAGGAUCUGCGAUCGAUUUUUCGUCGGCGGCAGUGCGAAUGCAUUCCGAGGCUUCCGGAAUCGGGGCCUAGGGCCCAGCGCCGAUGGAGACAGCAUCGGUGGAGAUGUCUACUACAAACUAGGUUUACAUCUAGGCGUCCCGAUCGUUACCAGUGCAGUGGCACGCUCCCUCGGCUUACAGUUCCACACGUUCUGUGCAAUAGGUGACUGUCGGGAAUGGUCGGACGCUGUCGCGUGGCGCCAGAGUUGGCGCAUGUCAGCGGGUCUUGGACUCGCCUGCUGUACGAGCCUCGGUCGGUUUGAAGUCAACUGGGCACGUAUUCUGCGACGUGGCGAUGGCGACCGGUUUGACGAGGGUUUUUCGAUUUCCUUCUUCCAGAGCUUUUCCCCGUAG